CCGAUUACGUGCAACGAACUGUCCACAUGAAAUUCAAGCGUCUGCAGGCUGCAAGGUGGGUACACUUAAAAGAAGCACACCUCUGCACGUUAAUAGACCAAUGUGUAGUAAAGUUUAUCUAUUGACACAGUAAUUUAUGCCUGAGAUACGCUAAACCAUGUUGAAAAAGACCGACUUGGGGCGGAAACGCAGCCAAAGUGUGAGCGACUUGACGGAACUCACGGAUAAGAGUGCGGCACUCACCGAAUCUGGGAGUCCUUCAAAUAAAGAUAAAGCCGUUACACCCGGCUUCAAUCUAGAUGCCUUGAAAGUUCUUGACUUUUUGCAG